AUGACAUCCAUAUCGAAGCAGAAUGAUCUGCAAGGAAGACUACAAGUGUCCCUUGCUGCUGAGGGUGGGCAACAGACCUGCUCAGCAACCGAGCAGUCCCUUGCAGAGUUCGAGGAUGUUCCUGCCAUCGCCGCCACUAUCACUCCACGUGAGGACGCCCACGGCAAAAGACAAACGGCCACCGGGAGCAAGAGGCCCAAGUCAUCAGAGCACUGCGUCGGAGGAGACCCCGGCUCUAUAAGCCAGCGAGGCGGGCUGGAGAGUGGAAGCAUUGGCGGCCCGUACGGUUGGUCGCCGAGUUCUUGCGACCGACACUUGAGGAGAAGGAGGAGGAGCAGGAGCAGAUCGAGGGCGAACAUCACCACCAACGCGCCAAAGGCUCUUGUGGAUGGAGAGAUGGAGGUGGCGCUAGCUGGAGGAUCGAGGCUUGCGAUGAAAGCUAUGCGCGCUGUGCAGCAGGCCAAUACACAAGUGUGCUAUGCAAAUCUUGAGACAGCGCGGAAGGAUAUCGCGCUUGGGGUGGAACGCCAGAAAUACAAGCGGCUAGAGGCGGACAUGUACAGAAGCAGAGUUGAGCUCGCGGAUACUUUAUGCGACGUGGAAACGGACCGCGAGAAGCACGACAGCGAGAUGGCACAAGCCGAGAAACGCGCCAAAGAGUUAGAAGUGGCUCUUCGUGCGGCUGAUGAGGUGUUACGGCAGCUCACCGCCGAAACCAAGCAGAAGCGCUACGAUGCCGAGGAUCGAGAGACCUCCCUACGCGCCCGCCUAGUCGCCCUGGAACGCAGAGCUGAGGCGAGCGAGCGCGAUUGCAGAAAUCAGAAGCUCUCCACCUGGAGAACGAUUACGCGGGAGACGGAGCGGGCCGCGGCCCGUGAAAGGUAUCGAUUGGCAGCUUUCCUCCAGCGUUACGUUGUCGAGAACGAGUUCUUGCGGGCAUCAAAGGCGAAGGCCGAGGAGUCCGCGUCGGACCUGCGCGAGACCCUGAGGCAGACGGAGGGGAAGCUGGUGAAAGCGCUGGCUGCAGCUCCCGCCCCCCUGCGCGGCCCCGAGACCCUCAUGUCUAACGCCCGCAAGGCCACGUGGGCGAUGGGAAUGGCUAACGGGGGCGUGCAGGGGCAGGGGGGCGGCGCCGGAGCCGGCGGCGCUGGGAGGGGUCGCGCCUACGGCGGCCCGCAAGCGCGAGGAUGUGGAGGAACAGGGGUAGGAACACCAGAAGGGCAGGCCGCUGCAGCUAGAGACCCGCCCGCGCAGCCUACUGCAGUUGCUGCCGUUUCGCAGGCGGAGAUGGCCAUCCGGCGCAUGAAGGGCCAGGCAGGGGCGGCGCGCGAAAAGCACUCCGACUUUUCUAGUGGUGGCGGCCGUGGCGAUAACGACAGUGAACUUGGUAGCUGGAGCGGUAGCAACUGGGGCCGGGGCGGGAAGAGCGCACAGAGGGCGGCCACCGCGAGCGUGCGGGGAGAGCUGAGGUACACGAGGGGGCUCGUCGCCGAACUGUCGUUCUUGCUGUCGGCAACCGAGAGCGAGCGGGACUCCCUCGCGUCUCUCGUGGUCCUGGCGGAGCAAAGGAUGGAACGCCUGGUCUUCAGCCAGGAGGAGCUGGCCCUCAAGCUGGCGUGGGGAAACGUGUCCAGCAUGGAGGAGCAGCACCGCUACGAACAGCGCCGGUUCAAGCAGCAGCAGCAGCAGCAGUACCUUCAGAUCGACGGCGAGGGCGGAAGCUACGCGGGCACCGUAGAAGACAUUUCGGCCGCGACGGGCCAGCAGCCGAGGCAGAUCGAGGCCUCGGCUACUCUCGCGUCGGAAGAGGGCGGCGGCGGCGGCAACGACGUCCACCGCUCAACAGACGGCCGACACGAACCGGCGACAAAUCCCGAGGGUGCACCGAUUACAGCAGCCACCUUCGAGAAGAGCAGGGAAGCUCUAGACAAGCUCGAGCUUGGGCGCAGGGUGCGCGAGCUCGAGGUUCUCCUGGAAGCUACGGAGGCCGGGGCGCGAGAGAUCGAGCAAGAGAACCGACGGCUGCAAAGCCUUCACGGCGGGUUUCCUCGGCCGUGGCAGUCCUGGAGCGGUGGCGAAGGCGUGGUCAGCUCAACGGCCGGCGACGAUCCCUGCCGGCGGCACUACAGCGAAACCUCGAGGUCGAACGUGACUACAUCAGGAUCGGGCCGAGACGGAAGCCGUCGCCUAGACGGCGGCGAUGAAAGUGGCCGGGAGGCAGCGGCAACAAGCAGGACCGAUGCACGAAGCGGCCAGAGCAGCCGUGGCCACGGGGGAAACGGGCAGAAUUCCGUGUCUCUGCCGAUGUUGUCGGCGGCAGAGGUGGGUCGCGGCGGUGGCGAGAGCACUGGCACACGGGCGGGAUCAGAAGCGACGGUGGUGGCGCAGACGGCAGAAGGUGCAGGGGUUUCGUUUUCAGAAACGACGGGGUGGGACUGGACCCAGGAGAGCGGUGCCACCUCUCGCCCUGAGGGUCGAUGUCGACCCCGUUCAUCGCCGUUUGCCCCGCAGAGACGCGGGGAUCGCUCUUGGGAGAAGCCCGGCAGCGGCAGCGGCGGUGGCUGCGGCGACGGCACAGAGGGCGGAGGAGAAAUCAGCAACGGCGAUGAGGCAGCCUUCCUCAUCAAGGGGCAGCUAGCUUGGGUCCUUGGGUUGCCUGCCGAAACUACGGAAACCCAUCUCCUGGCCGAGGUCAUGCACCUCGUGGUGGAGAGAGGCAGCGCCAACACCGACGCCGGCGUCUUGGAGGUCCAGCUCGGAAAGAUGGACGAGCAGUCGCUGUCUCUCACUCGGCUCGCGGCCGCUACCAUCACCUCGCACGUCGGGGGCGGCGGCUUGAAUCGCGGGCAUGCUGUUCUCGCAGGGGGCGGUUCUGGUGGGGGGCGGAGGCGCGGCGAGGGUCACCGAGGAAGCAACGGCGGCGGUCUCAACCUCGCCGACAUCGGGUCCGGCUACUCGAGCAACGCAUCUUUUCUCUCCUCCCUUUCUCACGCCGAUGGCGGCGGCGGCGGAGGCGGCGGCGGCGACGCGGGGGGAGCAAGAGGCGGCAGGCGUGCGACCCACCUGCCGACCGCAGGCCAACAGCAUGCGGACGGGGCCAACAACGCCACCAACGACGACAUCAACCACGCCGUUGCCGCCCCAACGGCAGCAGCGGCAGCCCCUCCCAGGCCAAGAAGGACAGCGCCGGACAGGGGGGGUCGAACAGGCAACGACGUGGACGCCUCCGCCUCGCAGCAGGGGCCGGCGGGGAGAGACGGUGUCGGAGGGAGCGGUGCCGAAAGAAGAGACAGCUCGAAGUGUGUAGCGCCGGCGGCGCCUUCGGCAGGGGCGGCGACGGUCGGGGCGGGGAAACCGGUUGCUCCUUCUAGCACCGCGGACGGAUCUGGUGGCGUCAGCAGCAGCGAGCCCUUGGACGAGAACACCGUCCGGACGACCUUUUCGAAGACCAUCCAGGGUAGAGUGGUAUCGAUAGACGUCUUCUGCUCCAAGGUUAUGUCGGAAGCCGAGCGAAAACAGGAGGAGGCACGGGCCGAUGCUCGCGAAACGGGCGUCAAGAUGGAUGAUGUGGACUACGAGAUAAGGGUGGAGGCCUACGACCCGGCGGUGCUGAAGCACCACGUGCUGCACAUCCAGGACGAACACAUCAAGGGAUGCCUGAGAGCCCAUCCGCACCUCUACACCUUAGGACCAUCAUCUGUGGCGUCCGGCGGGAGCAGCGGUGGAGGAGGCGGCGUUCGCGGAGGGGCGCCGUCGGGACCUGGGACGAAGCCGGGCGAGGAGCCCAAUCUACUCUUGGUCCUGAUCGGUGAUGCCGGAGAGUUGGUAACGGCUGAGAAGAGGCCGGAGGAGAACGCCGACAGCACAGAAGGUGGAGCCGCCGUGGCCCCGGAUAAACGGGUGCACCGGCACGCUAAGAGCGCCAUCAUGCAGAUAGCAAAGGAAGAGAAGGUCCUGGAAGGAGUCGUGUACCAGUACGAGCCGCCCCUGAAGGAGGAAGUGGACCCCGAGCAGGCCGAGAUAGCAGCUAGGCUGUUAGCAGUGGAGUCCGAGGCUUCGUCACAGUCUACUCCGUUCUGGGAUUUCAUUCUCGGCCUGAUGACAAUAGCUCACUUAGCGGUGUAUGCUAAGGAUGUACCGCCGGGCGAGCGAGGCCUGUGGGAAUACAGUGCCAUCUUGGCCAACGCCGUGCUGAUCGCGGCUCUCUGCUGA